CGAGUGCCUAAUUCCUUUUCGUUUUAAUUCAUUCCCUAUCUAACCCCUACAGCUCAUCUCCAGCGCUUUUUCGCUUGACUGUUUCUUUUACCCUUCAUUGUCAACCAACAACAAGACUCCAUUCCCAUUCUCAUCCAAUCCACUACCGACCAACAAACCAACAAAUUACAAAGCUUGCCGUUUGCUGAACUUCAGAAGACACCAUCAAACCUUCUUAAACCUGCCUGUUACCUCUCUUGCUCUCAAGCCCAUUGUUCCGCUUCAAGACCGAGCUUUUUGAACGUCAUCCUUUCAAUAAGCCUCAACAACCGUCCCACUUUACAUUUCCCCCCAUUCCAACAUCGAUCUUUAACUCGGACACUACCGCUUUCUCUCUCCUGUUUCAAUCACUGUUCACAGUCUUAUCUCAAUAGUCUAUUCCAUCUACACUAUGGCUGCCGCUGUUGCAAACCCCAUAGCUGCCGCUACCACUCAACCUGCUGCCGCUGCUCCAGCCGCCGCUGCCCCGGCUACCACAGGUGCUGCUGCCCCAGUGGUCAAGCAGUCUUCCACCAAGUCAGCUGAACCUCGGAGAGUUAGAUUCAACGUUGGUUCAAAGUACCAUGUCAUGGAUGUCAUUGGUGAGGGUGCUUACGGUGUAGUCUGUUCGGCCGUUCAUCGCCCAACUGGACAAAAGGUUGCAAUCAAAAAGAUCACACCCUUCGAUCAUUCCAUGUUCUGUUUACGAACUCUUCGUGAAUUGAAACUCUUGAAGUACUUUCAAGAGCAAAACGUCUCCGAAAAUAUUAUCUCGAUCGUGGACAUCAUUCGCCCACCCUCGAUUGAGGCAUUCAAAGAGGUCUAUUUGAUUCAAGAACUCAUGGAGACGGACAUGCACCGAGUCAUCCGAACUCAAGAUCUUUCUGAUGAUCAUUGUCAAUAUUUCAUCUAUCAAACCUUGCGAGCUUUGAAGGCCCUUCACUCCGCCGAUGUGAUUCACCGUGAUUUGAAACCAUCGAACUUGCUUUUGAACGCCAACUGCGAUUUGAAAGUGUGCGAUUUUGGGCUCGCUCGAAGUGUCCGGACCGCUGAGCAAGAGACUGGUUUUAUGACCGAAUAUGUGGCCACCAGAUGGUACCGUGCGCCUGAGAUCAUGCUCACGUUCAAGCAAUACACAAAAGCCAUCGACGUCUGGUCGGUCGGUUGUAUCUUGGCUGAGAUGUUGUCUGGUCGACCCCUUUUCCCGGGCCGUGACUACCAUCAUCAACUCACCUUGAUCCUUGACGUGCUCGGCACACCCACUUUGGACGAAUUCUAUGCGAUCAACUCCCGUCGGUCUCGGGAUUACAUCAGGGCUUUACCUUUCCGCAAGAAACGUCCUUUCACUGCCAUCUACCCCAACGCCUCCGCUCUUGCGAUUGAUUUCCUCAACAAGACUUUGACCUUCGACCCUAAGAAACGAUUGACGGUGGAAGAAGCUCUCCAACAUCCUUACUUGGAAGCCUACCACGACCCCGAGGAUGAGCCCGUUGCUCCACCUCUCGAUGAAGACUUCUUCGCCUUUGACCGACAAAAGGAUGACAUUAGCCGUGAGGAGUUGAAACGCCUUUUAUUCGAAGAAAUCGAGAGUUUCAAAUCACUUGCUUGAGCCUGAUGAACAAUAUUGUGAUAGCCGCGACUUUUACUUAGCCAUUAUGGCCAGGACUUUUCCUCUCUUUUCAUACUCCAAUUUCUCUUGGAAUUUCUUCUUUUACUGCCUUAUUUAUAUUUCAUGUAUAUCUUUGUACCCAUCUGAACUGUCUUUCCAACCCGAUUGCAGUGAUGAUAACUUUUUAUCUGGACCCCGUUUUUCUAUGAUGCCAAUCCCCACAUGUAUACCACCUAUUGCUAUAGUCUUAGGCUUUUGUGUGCUUUCUUGCCACAUUGAAGUCGAAUUGGAAUAAUCACUGUCUCAUGUAUCAUUUUCCCCUUUCCCUCUUCACUAUACUUUGCAAUCAAAAUAAAACAUCUCAGAGGUG